ACACACACAAAAAGGUACGCCAGAUUGUUCAGAAGAGACGCUGGCCGCACUGGAAGUUGCGGUAAACGCGGUAAUAGGCGUUACGCUGUGACGCGUGCAGUGCUGUAACGAGAAAUGCAUGAUUCCAAUCAGUGACCAGCAGGCAGCAGCACAAGACAGUGGAAGCAGCCGUGGUGAUUGCGUCGUUGCAUAACAUAUGCGGCAAAUCCCUUCUUGUCUCGCGCCGGUUUCGCUUGUAAUGAUCGCUCGAGAGAAGCCGUACGCGCUACCGCUACGUAUUGAUCGUAAACCAAAUUCCUUUCAGAUUACGCUCGCUGCCUGUCAAGCCAGUGUCGCGUCGCCGUGAGCUUUUCUCGGUUUUAAUUAGCUGCAGAUCACUGCAGUUCAAUCGCACCACAAAAGCGCCCUGUGUUUACAUCACGUGGAAAUUCGGUUUGGCGUCACUUCCGCACACGCCAGCUCGCAAGCAUGGCAGCGGGUCCGAGCAGCAUGUCAUAGAACGUCCCAGCGGUCGGUCUUUUUCCGCGAUGCUGUAGUAGGGCGCCGUCCGAGGCCCGGCCGUGGUCGAUCAGCAAUGUUCAGCCGGGUCAAGAAUGCCCUCUACAACGUUGUGGGCGGACUCGACGCCCUGCCGGCUGUGAGGGACGGCGAAGCACCCGGCGACGGUGACAAGCUGCCGCUCAAGUUUAAGUACACGAGGCCUAGCUUCCUUCAGCUCACCACCGACGACGAAGUUCAAGUGUCGGCUGACCAUGUCAUCAGGCCCAUCAUAGUGCCGCGAGACGUGAGCAAGAUCCCGUGGAACGCUGGCUAUGCAGAGACCAUCAACGCGGGCAAGAGCCUGCGCAACGAGGACCAGGCUGCCGUGUACCGCGGUGCCGUGCGGCGCGGGGCACACGGGGACGGCGCCGAGCUGCCGUGGGUCUACUUCGCGCUUUUUGACGGCCACGCGGGAUCCGGGGUGGCCGUGGCCGCGUCAAACGUGCUCCAGCGGAUGCUGCAGGACAAAUUGAUGAGCGUGAUGGAGUUGCUGGUGCCAGACGGAGGGGCCUCUGUGCCCGAAGGCGGCUUCCUACCCUUCGGUGAUCGCAAGAUUACUGCUGACAGUCUCAUCAUCGGUGCCCUGGAGACUGCCUUCUGGGACAUGGACAAGCAAAUCGCGCACGACAAGAAGCACUUCAAGAUGACCGGUGGCUGCACUGUGCUCGUGGCGCUUUUCAUCCUCGGGAAGCUGUACCUGGCCAACGCCGGUGACAGCAGGGCUAUCAUCUGUCGUGGGGAGCAGGUGAUCCCCAUGUCUUGCGACUUCACGCCCGAGACGGAGAGGUCCCGGAUCAAGCAUUUGGGCAUGCAGUGCCCCGAGCUGCUGGGCAGCGAGUUCACUCACCUGGAAUUUGUGCGACGCCCCGUGCGAGCUGACCUGGGCAAGCGACUGCUGUGCCGGGACGCCUUCAUGACAGGCUGGGCGUACAGGACGGUGACAACCGAUGACCUCCGAUUUCCGCUUAUUUAUGGAGAAGGCAAGAGGAGUCGUGUCCUGGCUACCAUCGGAGUGACCAGAGGCUUUGGAGAUCAUGACCUCAAGGCGCAAAGCAGCAAUGUGGACAUCAAGCCAUUCCUGACUCCAGAGCCCGAGGUUCGCAUCUUCGACGUCUGCGGGGAGGAACUUACGGAUGGUGACGUGCUUGUCAUGGGCACCGACGGCCUGUGGGAUGUGCUGCCCAAUGACAGAGCAGCUCAGAUUGUGCUCAAGUCGCUUGACCACUUUCCUGCUAGCGACACUCAACGUUUCAAGUUCAGGUACAUCUCGGCCGCCCAGGACCUCGUGAUGCACUCCCGAGGCAAGCUCAAGGAGCGGAGCUGGCGGACAGUCGACAACCGGGCGGCCACCAUUGACGACAUCAGUGUGUUCGUGAUUCCGCUGCGGGGCUAUCAGGAGGAGCACCGAGCCUGGAUGGCUGCCAUGCACCAGCAGCCGGAGCAGCAGCCGCAGCCGCAGGCGCAAGCACAACCACAGCCACAGCCGCAAUCACCACCCAGGACGUCGUCUUCACCACAGUUGUCACCACCACCGCCGCAGCCUCAACCACCAGCUGACGCUUCCUAGGUUUUAUUCCUUCUUGUGAUCACGCGUGUGUAUGCAUCAUAUCCUCUGCUCCUCCCUCUUAACUUCGUGCUUGCUAGACAUUCCCCCCCGAUGGGCGCCAUCUGCGUGCGCCUCUGGAAGAAGAAAUGGGUACCCUCCGUGGGGCCUCAAGGCACUUGCACUUUCCUCCGGCCCGCUAAUGGAUCCGGACCACGCCGCCGCCGCGGCUGUAGCUGCUGUGCCACAGACGCCGACGAUGCCCUGCAAAAAAAAAAAAACAAAAAAAACAUGCAGUUGCAUCAAGUCAUUUUUCAGGCAGCAUAUUGGACAGCUUUUUUUAUCUUGUCUUUUUUUUUUUCUUGACUUCUCGGGACCCUGCUCUGGAUUUCCAGGACUCAUUGCUAAUGUGAAGACGCAGAUCAAGAGACUUUUUGUUCCCCUUUUUCUAUGAUUGUGAAGAGUAUGCGAGUUUAGUAUAACAUGAGCGUCUUUCCAUGACCUGCAAUCGAGCUCGUUUCCUUCCACUUGCUAAGUGUCCCUGUAAUCAUUCCAGGGGAAUAUGUUAAAGAUGUCAUGAGGAAAACAGGUCGAUUGCUGCUGGUCGCAUUGUACAUGUACAGCGUAAACGAGCGGGCAUGAUUGUGUGUGUGUGUGUGUGUGUGUGUGUGUGAUAACCUGCUUAAGCAGGCUUUAUUAUGUUUUUGUUUUGUCUGCAGGCUUUAUUAUGUUUUCGUUUUGUCUUUGAAAUGGAGGGAUGAAAUAAAGUGAGUGUCUGGGAAUGCCA